CUCCAUCUCUACACACUAUUUACACCGAGAAAAGAAAUGGAGUCGAAAGCCACUGUUCGUUCGUGUAAGUUCAAGCCACCAAAAAUGUUGUUGUCCGUUCUGCCGUUUCCGGUCAUGUUAUGUUGUGGGUCUUCGUGAUCCUCAACUUGACGCCGGGCUUCAGGGCACCACAGGUCCAUAUCUGAGAGACAUGUUCUUACCAGAAACCUUAGGUACGACUUGCCACAAGGCUAAAGCGAGAUGUGUGCGACGGGUCGGACAAGAAAUUUGCGAACGGUAAUACGCCCAACAUUCGUGCUUUCCUCCGCAACACGGACGUUCGUCAAACUGCAAGAGCUCUACAUGAAGAAAGCUUCCACGGCGUCGGAACUAGAAACAUCGUUCGCCCAGAGUGUUUGACUUUUUUCCGAGCGCACAGGAGUGCUUGCAGACGAACUUCGUGCAAACGAACUUCGAUCAAUUAUGGACUGCUUGAGCAAUGCUAACUUUCUGUGACCAGAUGCGCGAGACUAAAAAAGGAAUGCCAUGCUAAAGAGCCGAUUCUGAGAAGACGGAAAUCGAUCAAGACAACGCGUGCUGCUCAAUUGGAGAAGCUGGAAAGCAAGAUUGAGCAUCUAGUCAAUGCGCUGUCCUCACAGCAGUCCAACCCUCCCACUCGAUCGGAUUAUGGCCAACUCUCGCCCCCAGCUUCUCAUGUCCCAAGCGAAAGAGCAGGCCCUCGGGGCGAGAUUAGCCAGGAACUCAUUAGUUCCUUGUGCUGCGACGCUACCGAGCAAGAUCUAGAGUCGGAAGAAGUGUCCCGCAAUCAAUCACCUACCACAAAUGGCGCCGCCAGCAAUAGAUUGACAGCCGUGACGCUGAGCGAGGCGGAGCACUUGUUGGAUCGAUACCAACGACUCAUGUCUCCAGGCCUACCUUUCGUAAUCAUACCGACUUCUGUCUCGGCCCAAGAGCUGUACAAGGCCAAGCCGGUUCUCUUGAGAGCAAUCACUACCGUUGCACUGUUCCACGACCUCCCGCGGCAACGACUUCUCGUGAAGGAGCUUAUUCGAGACAUGAGCGAUAGGAUCAUGCUCAAAGGAGAGAAAUCGAUCGACUUACUUCAAGCCAUCAUCAUUUUCGUUGCGUGGUCGCAUCCUCAUGUAUUUCUGAAUCGCCAAACGAAUAACAUGCUCUACCUCGCAAUGGCGAUGGUUGCCGACAUGGGUCUCGGUCGUCAGCCCCACAGCAAUGCAAUCUUCGGCGUGGAGUUACGGGCACAGAGUAACGAGGGCCACCGCAUUCUGCUCGGCCUCUUCUACUUCAGUUCCAUGUUAUCAUCGUCUUUCCAUCGAAUUGAUGCGAUGCCAUUUACCCGCCACAUGGAAACCUGUCUUCGAACGCUGGAGCAAUGCCGGGAACGAGAGAGCGACUGCCUUCUCGUGCAGAUGGUCAGAUUGCAACAGAUCAUGCAGUCAAUGUGCACCGCGGACUUGACGACAGUACCAGCAAAAGUCUACACCAAAGCUCUGAAAGCCGAUCUUGACAGAGUGGGCCAGUCAGACCCCAGCAAAGGAGACAAUUUACUUCUCCGUAUGCAGUCUCUCCUCGCAGAGAUAUUCUUGUGGGAAAUGACGCUCAAUGGGCUAGUCGAAGACCGGAACGUAUCGUUGAGCAGUGUUCUUGAUGACUUAUAUCAAUGUGUGUCAGCGGUCAAGGCCUUUGUGGAAGCCUUCUUCGACAUUCCGCCAUCACUAUACUUGACAUUGCCCUUCUCGGUCUUUGCGCAGUUUGGACACGCUUUUAUUGUCCUGACGAAGCUCGCAUCGCUGGACAUCGAUGGCUGGGAUGUGAAAGCCUUGAACGAUCAUUUGAACUUCUCCUACGUCAUCGAGGAAUCGGCUCGACUGUUCGAAGAAGCCACCAGAGUUGGACCAGACGGCAUCGUCCUCAACAACAAUGCUCUUGGCAAAUGGCCACAACGGGUGCUGUACAUGCAGAGCGUGUACAAGUCGAGGUUCGGCGAAAUGGCCAUGGGCAGUUCAAGGAGUACGACAGAUGUCGGGAAAUACACCCCAGGGCAGGACAAUUUCGGGCAUCCGACGCCGCCUGAUGACAUUUUGAACGUGGACUUUUUCAACUAUCUCGACGCCGAUUUUUGGUCUACUGUGGAUUUCAGCACAGAUCUGGGAUUCGGGACAGCAGGCAAUGGAAUCACUGCAGUUAGCUAAAUGUUAACAUGUGCGAACAUUGUACAAUUAUCCGCUCCCCCUAGACUCACCAGGAAGAUUAAUGAUGGUCGAAGUGAACAAUCUUGCUCACAUGGAAUCUCAGCAUCUCAGGCA